UCCACCUAGACACUAAUUUUCAGUUGCUUCGGAGUUUAUCUCGUUGCGCGUAAGCUACGAAACAGGUAUUCUCGCUACGGUAUACUCGUACGUACGUCAUCCUUCGCUGUCGACUCUCUCCUUCACCGAAUCACGUGCCUCGAGUAUUAAUCGGUGAACCUCGGCGUAAUUAUCGAUAUCUGAUCGGCCGAUACCGCGAUCCAACGGAAUUAGUAACGAAGAACUAACUAAUCCACGAGCUACGAGACUACAAGAGCGACUCGACGGGAACUACUGAAAGGCAAACCACCGAGUUCGAAAUAUCUCGUUGUAUUAUGUAACGUUAUUUUUACGUAAACUACUGCACGUUAUUCGUACGUAAACGCAAGUGUACAAAGAUUACGGGGCCGUGAAAUGCGCUCGAAGUUUUAUAACACGUUCUGUUAUCAAUGUUCUAUCUGCCGAACGAUCUCAACGAGACUUUGAAGUGUCUAAGUGAAGAGAAAUUCGUCCGACAUUGACACAGGAAUGAUCGUUAUUUCUGUCGCGUAUCGACAUAUUUUUCCGAUUCGCGUCAGUGUUGCGAAAAGUGCGACAAAAGACAGAUACGUCUUAGCGUAUAUUGUGCGGUGAAGUGUACAACGGCGAACCAUGUCUGGCAGAGUGAAUCAGGCGUUUGAUGAUAACCAAUUAGAUGAAUUGGAGAGUGGCCGCCGGAAAAGCGGGAUCUUCACGAAUGAAAAUGUUGCUUCUCAUCGCGAGCCGAGUGGUUAUUGGGCGGCCAAAUGGAAGGCGAUCGAGGCUUUCGCCUCGAAACACCGAAGGAUCAUCGAGCUCAUUUUGAAGAUUUUCGGCGUGAUAUUCUUGAAUCUUCUCAUCCUAGGCUAUAUAAUCUACGCAGGCAUAUAUUGGAAAAGCACACCCUCGGGAAAGAAAUGCGAUUUCGGGUGGUGCGGUGGCUACGGUAUGCUGCUCAUAAUCGCGGGGAUCGUUUACGUCGGCCUAAUUUACUUCUUGAUCGUGAAACGGUAUUUCGGAAAACGCAUCGCGCGAUACUGCCGACCAAUGACGAGUUUCUGGGUGCGCUUGCGAGAUACCAAGUACGGGAGACGCUUAGGAGGAACGAUAUUCUGUUUGAUCGUGUUCAUUGCCAUCAUUAUUUUCCUUGUUAUCGAUACCGCGGAAUCAAGAGAGAGAUUAAUUAGUGGCUUCGGAGUUAUCGUCAUACUGGGACUGGGAUUUGUAUUCUCCAAAUAUCCGAGACAGAUCAACUGGAGACCCGUCAUCUUGGGGCUGUUUUUGCAAUUCACCCUUGGGCUAAUCACGAUUCGAUGGUCCGUCGGACGCAGCAUCUUUGAAUGUGUGUCCGGCAGAGUGGCCUCCUUUUUGGAGUUCGCUAAAGACGGCGCCAGAUUCGUCUUCUCGGAGGACUUGGUCAACAAGGGAGUUUUCGCGUUCGCCGUGUUGCCCGUGAUCUUUUUCUUUAGUUUCAUAGUGCAAGUCUUGUCGUAUGUCGGCGCUAUGCAAUGGUUUAUCUUGAAACUAGGAUGGGUCCUGCAAAGGAUAAUGGACACGACUCUGUGUGAGUCGAUAAGCGCCGUCGCCAACCCCUUCAUCGGCAUGUCGGAAUCUCCCCUGCUGAUCAAACCGUACCUGAGCAAGCUGACGUCCUCGGAGUUACACGCGAUAAUGUGCUCGGGAUAUUCCACGGUUUCCGGUUCGAUAUUAGCCGCUUACAUCGCGUUCGGCGCGCAACCGGUCUACCUGAUCACCGCCUCCGUGAUGUCCGCGCCCGCGUCUCUGUGCUACUCCAAACUCUUUUACCCGGAGACCGAGCAGAGCCAAACGAAAUUCGAGAACAUGAAGCUCGAGAAAUCAACGGACACCAGCAUCUUGGACGCCGCUACCAACGGCGCGUUAGCCGCGCUCCCGAUCGUCCUGGGCAUCAUCGCGAACAUCGUGGCCUUCGUCUCCUUUGUCGCCUUCUUCAACGCUUUGCUCUCUUGGUUCGGAGGUCUCGUCGGCUAUGAGGCUCUGUCUCUCGAGAUCAUCCUGGCGAAGGUGUUCAUGCCUCUGAGUUGGGUCAUGGGCGUUCCUUGGGAGCAGUGCGAAGACGUGGGCACGUUGAUAGGUCUCAAGACAGUGGUCAAUGAAUUGGUCGCCUACCAGAAGAUGGGCGAAUUCAAGAAGCAGGGCAGGAUAUUCGGGAGGUCGGAGACGAUCGCCACAUUUGCGGUGUGCGGUUUUGCAAACCCCGGAUCGAUCGGUAUCAUGAUCGGCAUCCUCGCCUCUUUGGCGCCGGAGAAGAAGGAGCAAAUCACCAGUGUGGUGGUACGAGCCUUCUUCGCCGGCAGCGCCGUCUGCUUUCUCACCGCCAGCAUCGCCGGCAUGCUGAUCGACGAGAUCUCGUUUUCGAAUUCGACGAUAAUAUCAAACGUCACCGAAACACUGAGUACUUCCUUGCUGUGAAUUGCGUAACAAGAUUUCCGUUUGGAUUACCUUACGGUACUUUACACGCUCGGGAUGAAACGCCGAUCAUUUCGUCUCGGGGAUCUUCGCUCUGAGAGGAAACGACACUCACCAAGGAGCUCGUUUCUCAAAUCAAGCAAUUAGCGUUAAUUUAAAUAGGUAGCGAUAUGGAUGAAGAAGAGGCAGGUUAUAGUAUUGUUACGUUCCCUCCCUUUAUCUCCGAUGAGUUUUCAUACAAUACUGUUAUAGAAACAUCGAAAUACAGAUUGUAAAUAAUACAUGCGAGAUCACCGGUUCAACCGGGAUAGAGAAACGACGUGAUACUCAGACUUUUUCGCUUGGCGUAAUUAAUUAUGCGCGCAUGCGCUUUUAGCUGAAACGCGACCAGGUCGUCUUAUAAAAAAAGUGAUAUACUUAUCGUACGUGCGUACCUACUAUUUGUACAUCGUCAGUAUACGUAAAACUGUAAAUACCGCCCGCGUAAAAGAAGUACGUAUCCUCAAAACUGAGUGUGCUUAUUUUAUUACACCGAAAGUACGGUAAUUAUACGUAUAUCACAAUAUCUCCAGCGUGCGGAAUGUCGUGUGUCGUGUCUUGAGAAGCUAUGAAAACAUCGACAAAAUGCAGUAUCGCCUUUA